GCAGAGGGCGGGACGGACGGACGGAAGCCGCCGGGCUCGGGCCGCCGGUGGCCCUCUGGGCUAGGAGGAGCCUGGCGGGCCGGGCCAAGAGGAUGGGAGUGAGCUUAGAGGGCGGCGGCGGCGGCAGGAGGAGGAGGAGCCCAGUGCUUGAAUACCAAGCCAUUCCUCGAUAUGGACCAGCAAGCCCAUUCAGGGGACAUUUAAGUACUAAAAGUAAUGCCUUCUGCAUUGACGACUCCUCCCGCAGACUAAGCAACCAGUACCUGAUCAGGGAUCACAUGGCAGUCCAUUACAAUAAAAUACUUUCAGCUAAAGCUGCUGUAGACUGCUCAAUACCAAAAAGCAGGUUAAACAGCAUCAAACUUUCAGACCAGCAGCGAAGAGAGAAACUCAAGAAAGAAGUCGAAAAAUGUGAAAAGGAGAUGAUUUCGUCUAAAAAUGGGUCCCGAUCUAGUUCCAGGGAGAGUAGAAGACCACUGUCAGCCACCUAUAGAAAAGAUACCUUGGAAGCAGAAGACAAUGUUGGGCUACCCUCGUGUACACCUAGUGAACAAAGGUGUGUGUUGGGCCCCCAGGCAACUCCAGAGAGGCAAAACACAGCCCUUCCGAAUGCCGCAAAUCCUGCCAGGAAAGAUGCUCCGAAAGCCUCCAACAUCUCAGACCCAGCCUCAUGUGUCAGUACAUCGAGUCUCCAGAGGUUGCACUCCAAAAUUUCAUCCAACUCUUCUUCCGACAGCACUGCAAACAAGCAUCCUCACAAGGCCCCGAACCCUGAACCCAAAGUGUGCAGCGGGGAUCUCCUUGACAAGCACUCUGAACGUUUCACCAAUGGUCGGCAGCCAUUCACUCCACGCACUUUGAAAUCGGAUGCCAAGUCCUUCCUUUCGCAGUACCGGUACUAUAAGCCAGCAAGACAGAAAAUAAGCAAUUUCACCAAGCAGGUGGAAGCAGAAACACAGACCAACAUAAGCAGUUUUCAAGUGGCAUCUGAAGGGUCAGAAAAAAGGAAUAUGGCUGACUUUCAGAAGAUGAUAAAGGAGGUGGAUGACAAUGCAGAUGAUAAGGCUGAUGAAAUGAAGUCUUUCCCCCAGUUCUCCUCACCAAGGGUGACGUCACCGUCUUCUGCGCAGUCCCCAACGAUGAAAAGGAUCCAAGCUGAAGAAGAAGAACUUCUGUAUUUAAAUUUCAUCCAGGACAUAACAGAUGAGAUUCUUAAGCUCGGAUUGUUUUCCAACAGGGCUCUGGAAAGGUUAUUUGAGCGUCACAUAGAACAAAAUAAGAACCACCUGGAUGAGACCAAAAUGCGCCACCUGCUGGAGAUUCUGAAAGUAGACUUGGGCUGCAGCAAGGAGGAAAAGCCGGCGGGAGGCUUGGACAUGUUUGGUCUGCACAGGCCUGAGCCAGCUGAGCACCGCCAACAUCGCAGCAAAGCGCAAAGACAAAACAAGCCAGCAAAAUGCGAGGUGCUGCUAAAAGCGGUGGAUUUAAAUGGAAACGAUCCCUCUGUAUCUCCUGUACGCAGCGAUGACUCUGAGAAGGCGGAGGGCAAGGCUGGCUUUUCCCCAAAUCUGAGCGAACCAGUGAGCGUGGGGCUGGAUCCUUCCUCCUUUGUGGUCACCGAUGAAACUGCAGAUACCUCGUGCACGUUGCCGCCGGCGCUCAGCUCAACCACCUGCGACGCUGACUUUGAAACGAGCGACUCUUUGAGGGAAGUCGACGAGCUCAAAGAAAGCUUUGCAGAAUCCCUCCCCAUCUCCACCGACAACGCGCAGUAGAACUAGCAGCAAAGCACCAAGCCAGCCAGCAGUGCAGAUAUCUGAACUUUGCAAAUGAAAUAAAACGAUAGCAAAUGA